GACAGCACUUUGAGCCUCCCGUACAGGCUACAUGCUCAUGUGGGCUGUCUGCAGUGGUCUUCCUGCCUUCAGCGAGGAGCAUCACGGUCUAAAAUGAUCCCAAGAUACGAUGUAGUCCCCACUGAAAGCGUCGGACCAUUCCAGCUGGGCGAUAGUCUCUGGCACGUCCUCGAGAUCUUACGACUGAGCAAGGUUCAUUAUCCGAAAGUCGAGGUCGCAUGGGAUGCAGAUAAUGCCGCCAAAUCCGCCGUCACUAUUCACCUGCCGCACCUCGACCUCUAUUUCCCUGCUAGCAUACAUCAGACCUUGACAUUGAUCUUGAUCUCCUCACUGGCAGACGUAGUUCUGCUGUACUCUGAUCGGGUCCUCUCUUCGGCCACAGAGCGACUCACACGAGCACGCGUAGCCAAACUAUUGGGUCCAACCCAUGCUGGCGGGUCAAGUGGAAAGAUCUCGUACCCCGGCAUAGAGUUUGACUUUGGGUCGGGAUCGCUGUCAGGUCGAGAAGACAGAGUGCAGAGAAUCAAGCUGUCCCCUCGGGAGGAUGACAGUGAGAUGGUGACUAUCAAUCCUAUCGUAUCGUGCGUGCUCAGGCCAGGCAAAGGCGUCACGAUAUUUCUGCCCGACCCGUUGGACAUUACAAUUGGCAAGACGACCGCUGUAGACCUCAGGACUGACCUUGGGACGCCAACGGGGAAGUAUUGGAAAUCAGAUGAUAGAUUGGCUAGAAUGUGGGGAUCAGCUGGAUCCAUUGAACUCAAGGACGGAUAUCGUUUCUGGAAUUACUUCCAAUACGGCCUCGACUUUCUGCUCGAUCCGGACAGCGUGGUCUGCAAGAUCAUCUGCCAUUCAAAUCUGCCCGGAACUCCCCUAUUCCAACGCUAUGCUCGAUGCCCAUGGACUUUACCAUCCUCGAUCGGAGAUCUCACAUUUGAUUCGCCCAUAGUCUCCUUCCGGUCCAAUCUCUCGGCCAAGGCUCAUGCGUCCUAUGUUGAUGAAGUCAGGUUAUCCGUGCCAGAUAAAUCUGUCAGACCAGUAUCUCCGGGUAGCACCAGCUCAAAAGGGAGUGAAAGCGGAAAGGUGUCAGCGAAGCGAACCGAAUCAACAAAAUCGACGGCGAUGAAGAAGAAAGCUCAGUCACAGCCUGGACGAGCAGAAGUCAUCGAUUGGAAGGAGGACAUCAUGGUGCUCGAUCGCUUAUCUGAAGAAGGGUAUGAGGGUGUCAACGGAGUCUCCUGGGCUUUGACGGAAUCAUCGUUGAAGAGGACCAAGCCAGCGGCGGGAUAUGUUCCGUCUUAA